AGGAUAGUCUGACAGUGCACACUGAACCAGUUCGAGCUCUGGAAGUGUCUGGAAGCAAGAAUAAUACUCCGGAAUUUCUAAAUUAACAUAAUUCCUGUCUUUCGUGGGAAAGGCUUAAAUAUUCCAUAGCAGAAACCAGAGAAGUGCCAAACACGUUCUACUUAGUUCGCUUUUCGUUAUCAAAAUCAAAAACUCUUUUGCACGUUUUAUUUCGGAGCAACCAAAACUAUUCUACAGCAAGUGUUUUACAAAAAGACGAAUUGUUGCUUGCCCCCAGUGAAGUGUUCCAUUUUUCAAUCGUGAGAGACAAGAACUUGAUUUAGUGCUUAAUUAAUCGUUUUAACAUAUAAUAAACAUUCUUAAAAUUCCGUUGGAUUUUCUCCCUCGUUCUCGCAUGUUGAUAGACCUGGACACUCGGAUUCGAUCGAAUCGGAUCGGUUUUUUCCGAAUUUUAACUUAUAGCGGUAAAUUUCGAACUCCCUGAAAAUAAUAAAAUGGGUUUACUUUCUGAGGGAAGUCCACUCAGUUGGGAAGAAACGAAAAAACUCGCUGAUCACGUUCGAAAGCAUGGGGUUAUACAAUUUAUUAACCUGUAUAAAAGACUUCGGGAUAGGCAAGGCGACGUACUCAAAUGGGGCGAUGAGGUAGAGUACAUUUUGGUUAAAUUUGACGAUGAUAAGAAAACAGCAAAGGUCUCUCUGCGGGCGGAAGAGAUUCUGACCCAACUUACAGAAGAGGAACGAAAAAAUCCAGAAAAUGUCAAAUCUCUCUGGCGUCCAGAGUAUGGUGCCUAUAUGAUUGAAGGAACUCCAGGAAAACCCUAUGGAGGAUUGCUCGCUCAUUUCAAUGUCGUCGAGGCAAAUAUGCAAUAUAGAAGACAGGAAGCUGCAAAAUUGCUUCAACCAAACGAAGCCUUGAUGAAAUUAACUAACUUUCCACGAUUGGGAUCGCCUGAUUUCACAGACCCACCUGCAAACCCAACACCAAAUUCCGGGGCAUCCAGGAGUUUAUUUUUUCCUGAUGAGGCUAUUUUCGGUGGUCAUCCACGCUUUAAAACUCUGACGAGAAAUAUCAGACAACGAAGGGGAGAAAAAGUUGCAAUUAACAUUCCCAUUUACAAGGAUGAAAAAACUCCCAGUCCUUUCAAAGAAAAUUUGGCUGAACUUGGUGAUGAUAGAUCGAGUGAAGGAGCAGCAAAAGAAGAUCAUGUUUAUAUGGACGCAAUGGGAUUUGGAAUGGGCUGUUGCUGUUUGCAACUUACUUUCCAGGCUUGCAAUAUUCAGGAAGCUCGAACCUUGUACGAUCAACUUACUCCUCUCUGUCCAAUCAUGUUAGCUUUAACAGCAGCUUCCCCCUUUUAUCGAGGAUAUAUAACAGACGCGGAUUCUCGGUGGAACGUGAUAUCUUGUUCCGUGGAUUGUAGAACCCAAGAGGAGCGUGGGUUGAAACCACUGAAGGAGAAUAAAUUUAAAAUUAGUAAAUCAAGGUACGAUUCGAUUGACUCGUAUCUGAGCGAGGAAGGGGAUAAAUACAAUGACGUGCCUUUAACGUAUGACAACGAGAUUUACAAGCAACUAUUGGACAAUGGAAUCGACAAGCUACUUGCUCAACACGUUGCACACUUAUUUGUCAGGGACACGGUGUCCCUAUUUUCAGAGAAAGUUCAUCAAAAUGAUCUGGAGGACACGGAUCACUUUGAGAAUAUCCAAUCGACCAAUUGGCAAACAAUGCGUUUUAAACCACCCCCGCCAAAUUCGUCGAUCGGUUGGCGAGUCGAAUUUCGACCUUGUGAAGUACAAAUCACGGAUUUUGAAAAUGCUGCUAUAGUCUGUUUUGUCGUGCUCUUGACGAGAGUCAUUUUGAGCUAUAAAUUGAAUCUUCUCAUACCAAUUAGCAAAGUGGAUGAAAACAUGAUCAGAGCACAAAAAAGAGACUCUCUGAGGAAAGAAAAAUUUUGGUUCCGUCGAGAUAUUGUAAGUAAGCAAGAUGAGAAUAAUAAAGAAGAAUACACGGAAUUCACCAUCAACGAAAUAAUCAGUGGAAAGGAAGGAGAAUUUCCUGGUUUAAUAGCAUUAGUGGACUCUUAUCUCGCAAGUAUGGAUGCUGAUGCAGAUACGCAUUGUACAGUUCAAAGGUACUUGAAAUUGAUUCAAAGGCGAGCGUCUGGGGAACUGUUGACAACCGCUUCUUGGCUCAGGAAAGAAGUCACCAGCCAUCCAGAGUACAAAAAGGACUCCAGAAUAACUCAGCGCAUAAACUACGAUCUGCUGAAGAAAGUGAACGAUAUUGAAAGCAAUAAAAUAGCCUGUCCGGAAUUGCUGGGACCUUGCACCACUUCAAAAACCACUGAGAGUGUUCCAGCGGCUGUAGCAAAAGCCGAAAAAAUGUGUAAUCAUUGAUGCACGUAUCAAUUAGAGUAGUAUUUCUUAAUUGCGUGUUGAUAUUUUUUAAUAAUAAAUACCACAAUUGUAUUUAUACAACAUAGAAUUAACGAAUCGGUGCUCCUCUCUAUGAUGCUUUACCCGGUAGUAAAUUCUUACUGAAACUUUGUAAAAAACAUUCCACAUUUCGAUGGCUUUACUGUAGCGAAAGUAGAUUUUACAGUGUGUAAAAUAGAGUGUGUAAAAGUAUCACAACGGUGCUAUAUAUAUAUAUAUAUUUUUUUUUUUAAUGUAAAAUAACGAUAAUCGGCUCAAUUGAAUUGCAUCACAUUUACCCUAAUGGUGAAGAACAACCGUUUAUUCUAUAAUAUAUUCAUCAAGAAUAUCAAUCAAGCCGAGAUACUCGUAUUUGUAAUAAAAUUUUCAUAAUGUUAUUUUUUAAGAAGUACCCGCAUUGUAUCUGAAUUGAAAAUACAUGGUCUUGGAGUACAGUUGGAUAUUACUCU